AUGGACGAUAAAAAAGUUAUGAGAGUCGAGAAUAUUCGGGUCCUGAUCGAUGCGGGCGCGCAUCUCGAGGCGCCGGACCCGCACAACGGGACGCCGCUUUGUCUUACUGCGAGCAAUGGGCUGCCUGAGGUUGUGGCCGUGCUUGUUGAAGCGGGCGCCCUUCUUGUUCCGCCCUUUGUCAAGGGCACCGCGCUCUUCCCGCUACUCUGCGCAGCCGAAGGCGGCUACGGCGCGGUGGCGGAGUACCUCUUAGACAGGAUCGAUGUGGAGAGUAUCAUUCGGGGCCAAGGCGCCGAUGGCGCAAUUGCAAAUGCAAACGCAUACGCAUCCGCAUCCGCAGACGCUGGUUGCUUGACUCUCCUGGGGGUGUCGGCCAUGCUCGGCUACACGGGGCUGGCGCAGCGGAUCCUCGACACGGGCUACGACGUCAACCGCCGUCCACCGCGCGCGAACAUUUUCUUGCCGAGGUGGACUUUGCUACGAAUUGGCGCGGACAGGGGCCGUAUUGAGCUCGUGAGGCUGUUCCUGCGGCACGGCGCGAAGUCAUGUACGGAGAAGCCGCGCAACCGCGACCGCGACCACGGCGCCGAGGAUGUCGGCUUCUGCGCCUUUGACAAAGGCCAGCCGUUAGCUCGUGCCGUAGAACAGGGCCACGCGGCGAUUGUUCGUAUCCUACUCGAGGCCGGAGCACCACCAAAUAUCCCGAUAAAUCGCGCCGGCACGACGAUCCUACAGGUCGCCGCGGAGAAGAAACAGCAGCCCCAGCCCGGGGCCGAGACUGACAUCGCGCAAUUGCUGCUCGACUACGGGGCAACACCCACACCCGCCGUCGCUCGCGCCGCCCUGUCAGCCGGAAACAUUGCGCUCGUUCGGCAGCUCGCUGCUCGGGGCAUUACGCUGGUUGAAGCGUGCAGCGACCAUCAGGAUAAUCGCAAUACGAGCACGACAAGUACAACCCUGUUAAAGGCGGCGGCAAGCGGCGGCCCCGCGGCAUUGGAUUUGCUCCACGACGAGUAUGGCAUGAGGCCGGACCCGACGGUCCCCGGGCACGCGGCGCCCCUGGAGAUCAUCAUCCGUCGUGGAGACGUUGGGACGGCGGGGUAUUGCCUUUCAACAGCGGAGCACGGGUUCAGUGCCGUUCUUGCACGUAACGCAUUGCACUUGCUUGCCGUUGCCAUCGAUGCACUUUCCGGUGAGAAGCUGGUGCGGAUGCUCGAGGUUUUGGUGGCUGCAUUGUCGUCGUGGUUCUCGUCACAGUCACAGUCCCAUACAAACAAGCAAGUAGACAUGGAGUACCAACUGGCAUUGACACACGCUCUGCAUGCGGCGAUCCCACGCUUUCGUCUCGAAGCCAUCUACCUGCUUCUAAAACAGGGUGCAGAUGUGGACUGGCGAGGUGCUCAGGGAAUGAAUGCGUGGGACGUUGCCUGCUCGAUCGAGAACAGGGAGAUACUCGAGAUGCUUCUGGAGCAUGCGCUUACGAAGUUGGGGGGUAAUCUGGCGAUCUUCCGCAGGUACAUCCUGCCCAUCGAGGAGCGGGCGAGGGAAGCGGGACAGCGUGCGGCUGUCAAGGAGAUUAGUUAUUUCUAUUAUAGACGAAAGUAA